AUGGCUGUCAGGGGCUGGAGCCCUGGUUUCUCCAUGGGCAGCCCCCUAGGAAGCCCAUGGCGGGGUGUCAGGCCCCCUGAGGUUAGCCACCCCUGGUCUGAGGAUGGCAUCGACCCGCUUUGUACCACAGGACGUGAGCAGCCGCAAGCAGGGGGUUGGCAGGAGGGGGCAGGAAGGAGGGGCUGGCAGGGGUGGGCAGGGCUUGCGGCCUGGGGCCACGGCCCUGUCUUGCCGGGUUUUCAUGCAUUUGCGAGUGGGGCUCUCUGCUGUCUGCCAGGAUGGGCUCCGGGGUCCCGGGCGUCCUUCUCCAGCUGGGCUCCAGUUCCCUACACCAGACGUGGGCUGGGGGCAGGUCCAAGGCCCUUCCAUGCAACGGUGAGGCCGAGAGGCCUGGGGGUGCUUUCAGAGGGCAGGUGUGGGACAGCAACCUCCCUCGGAACCCCCCCCCCCCCCGUGUCCCCGCAGGUCCUGAGGCUGCAGCGGAAGCUGGCAGAGGUGGAGGCCAGAGGCAGAACCUGGGAGAAACACCUGGAGGGGCGCCUGUGUGAGAGCCGGCAGGCAGAGCAGAGCCUCCGGGCAGAGCUCCACAGCGCCACCAGCAGGCUACAUCAGGCCAGCGGUGUGGCUGACGGCCUCCAGGCUCGCCUGGACGGGGCCUGCCUCCAGGUCCACAGCCUGCAGCAGGAGCUGGCCCAGGCCGAGGGCGCCAGGCGGGCUGCAGAGAGCCAGCUGGGCCAGCUAUGGUCCACGCUGUGCCGAGACCUGGGCCUCCGGGGGCGGAGCCCCUCAGCCUCCCCUGAGAGGCCCAGUUUCCCCACCAAAGCCUUGGAUGGUGUCCAAGGUCACUCUGGGUGGCAAAGUGACAGCCCCGCCACCAGGCCCAUUCCAAUGGCCCUCACCAGCUCUCUGCUCCAACGGCCCUCACCAGCACCUGCAGACCACAGCCCAGAUGUGGACGUGGCCGCUGUGCGGGAAGCCCUGAGGGACUUUAUGCAGAAGCUGCGGGAUGCCCAGCGGGAGCGGGACAACUGGCACUUCCAGGUGACAAGCCUGAGCAGCCGGCUGAUCCAGGCCGAGGGCGAGUGCGCCCGAGCCCAGAGCCGCGCACAGCAGCUGCAGAAGGCCCUGGCCCAGGUGGAGGAAGGCUGGCGUCAGGCGGAGGGUAAGGCGAGCAGGGCCCAAGCGGCUCAGGCCCUGCAGAGUGCGGCGCUCCAGAGACUGGAGAUGGAGCAGCUGGCGGGCACACGGGCAGCAGGCCAGGCCAGGCGGCGGCUGCAGGUGGCCAACCUGAAGGAGCAGCCGGACCAGGAAGUGCAGCGGCAGUGACAAGCCGAGGAGUGCGCCAGAGCGGCCCCUGCCACAGCCCGGCACCAGGGCCCGCAGGGCCUCGCUGGGGCCCAAUGCCCCGUGCUGCUCAGGGACGGGCCGAGCUCAAGGGGUUUGCGUGGUGCUGGCAGCCGCUGCCC